AUGAAUCCUAAACCAGUUGCCUUAUCAUUUGAGCCCAUCCGGGAGCCUCUCAAAGUGCUUCUUGCCCAGCAGAACAUUGGACGAAUCUCCUCUUUGCAAGUGGAUGUACUAUUUGAAGCACGGAGGCUUAGCCACCCAUUAUCUUUCACACAAGUGACGAACAAUCUCACUGUCAAUUUGAUUCGUGACCUAAUGGGCCACCUAUCUAAAGAAAUACCAUUGCUUUUCAAUUCACAAUGGCAAAAGUUCCUAACCAAGAAGUUAGCUACCGUCAUUGAUAUGUCCAAAUACACUGCCUCAAUAGCUGCUUCUGCUAAGGACAAGGAAGCUAGACAUCAAGUUGCAAAGAUGCCUGUGACAAUUGACAUGAGCCAAAGUGACCAACAAUUGGUUAUUGACUCACAAGACAAGAUCGCCAAUCAAUUGUUCAAGGUCUUAUUACACCACGGAAGGCUUCCAUGA